AAAUAGCUGGUGAAUUAAGCCAAAGACAUCAUUUUUUGGUAGACCCAUCUCUCCCUCUCUCUGUCUCUCUAAAGAGAAAGAGAAUCUAGGGUUUGUUUUGUGCAGUGAAUCUCUCGCAUCAGCUCCUGGGUGACGGGAUAUGUUCCUAUUUUGGUGUCAAGCAAAGUCCACUUCAUUAGGAUUGAUUAACAUGCUCGUUGGCUCUUUGUGUUGAUAGGGGACCAUGUGAGAUCCUCAUAUAAUCAUAGGAAAGUGUUGGUAUAGUAAUCUUCCAGUAGAAUGGCGACCGAGAGUCCAAUUAGAAUGUCAGAAACUGGUGGAAAUUGGGCUUCCCAUAACAAGCCAGCAAAAUUUGCUCCAUCAUCUGCUAAUAUGACUGCUGAGGAGUUGGAAUUGCUUCUGAGAGACCAUAGGUUUCUUAGCAGCCGAAAGGAUGUUUCCCCCAAUCGAAGUGGAAGUGCACCCCCAAGUAUGGAGGGUUCAUUUUUGGCAAUUGAUAAUCUUUUAUCCCAGCAGGUCUCAAGCAUAACUGGAAGCUUGGCAAGUCUAUCUAGUGUUAUUGAAAGAUGUGAGUCUGAGGAACAAUUGCGUUCUGAUCCAGCUUAUCUGGCUUAUUACUGUGCCAAUGUCAAUCUGAAUCCAAGACUUCCUGCUCCACUUAUCUCAUGGGAGAAUCGACGUCUGGCACGCCACAUCGGUAGUUUCAGUCCAAACUUGGGAGUGGUAGAUGACAGUGGUAAUGGUUUGUUUCAUAUGUCUCCAGCACCACUGCCAACACACCAGGAAGAGUCAGAGGAUGAUCAGAGUCCCCCACAGGCUUUGAAUGAUUGGGUAGAUAAGACAAAUUCUGGAGACGAAGCAGCUCAAUUGACAGGACAACAGAAAAAUGAAGGUUCUUGUGGAUCUACUUCACCUGUAGAUAAUCAUUCUCCUACCUUAAGCAACGGGUUUCCUGGGGACUUUAAUCGGGGUGCCGUUCCCAAUUCCUUGCAUCAUCUCCCUGUUAAUAAGAUGAGUCCAAGUAGGUGCACUGUAGAUGAAGAACGUGCAGCUGAUACAGUGCUUCCACUAAACACUGAAUCCUCAUCCAGUCCUGUUGCAACUUCAAUGUCUCAUGUUCAUACCAGGAGCACAGGUGCUAAUGAUGUGGGUGUUACCCCUGUUGAAUCUGGAAUGAAGUCUCUCAGUAAAUCAAACAUGCCAGAAAAUCAAAAGAAUCAAGUACAGUGGCCACAUAGCUACCCGAACACUUCCCUGCAAUACCAGAUACAGCAACAGCAAAUCAAUUUAUGCCAAGUUCAAAAUGCCACAUCUCACAUAACUCCUCAAGGGGUUCAUUACACUUAUGCUGGCAUGGAUCGCUAUCUCCCUCAUAUCUCCAAGUUCGCAGCAGAUGCACAGCCAGUGCUCCAGACAUCAGGGUUUGCACACCCACUCUAUGCAAAUUUCGCAGCUUACACAAGUGGAACACAUCCAUAUUACUCAAAUUUUCAGGCACAGAGCUUUGUUUCUCCACAAUAUGUAAGCGGAUAUGCUUUAAGUACCCCUGGUUAUUCUCCAUAUGGUGGUGGAUAUCAUCCUGCAGGGACUGUUCCUGUUGUUGUUGAGGGAACUGUGGGUUCAUGCUUUAAUGCUCGAACAUCUGUGGGAAGCAUUUCACCUGGGGCUGAUUUGCAACAUAUGAGCAAGUCAUAUGGGCAGCUUGGGUUUCCUACACAAACUUCGUUUACCGAUCCUAUGUAUAUGCAAUACUAUCAACAGCCAUUUGUGGAAUCAUAUGGUGUUCCUGGUCAGUAUGCUUCUUUGGCAUCUAGAGGUGGUCCUGAUUUAAACAAAACAUCCAAUCAUGGUGCUAGUUUGGAUAACCUGAAAAUCCAACAUCAAACGAAUGGUGGGCCAGGGAAUUUGAACUCACAAAGAGGACAAGUAAGUGUCAGCUAUUAUGGAAACGCGCCAAGUGCCGGUGUUUUGAUGCAGCACCAUAACUCCCCCUUAAAUAGUCCUGCUCUGUCAGCAUCAUCCAUUGGUUCAGGAAGAAAUCCUGGAUUAUAUCAUGGGCACCUAGGCUCUGGGAGUCUUCAUGACACCAAAAUUUAUAAUUUUCUUGAGGAGUUGAAAUCUGGCAAAGGCCGCAGAUUUGAGCUAUCUGAUAUCACAGGACAUAUUGUUGAAUUUAGCGCUGAUCAACAUGGGAGUCGAUUUAUCCAACAGAAGUUAGAAAACUGUAGUAUUGAAGAGAAGGCUUCUGUAUUCAGAGAAGUUCUCCCACAUGCUUGUCAAUUAAUGACUGAUGUUUUUGGUAACUAUGUGAUUCAAAAGUUUUUUGAGUAUGGAAGCCCUCAGCAAAGGAAGGAUCUUGCCAAUCAACUUUCAGGUCAAAUUUUGCCCCUAAGUAUGCAAAUGUAUGGUUGUCGUGUAAUCCAAAAGGCACUUGAUGUUAUUGAGCUUGAACAAAAAGCAAGGCUUGUACGUGAGUUGGAUGGACAUGUCAUGAGAUGUGUUCGUGACCAAAAUGGAAACCAUGUCAUACAAAAGUGUAUUGAGAGAAUCCCAACAGAAAAGAUUCCGUUUAUAAUUUCUGCUUUCCAUGGUCAAGUUGCAACACUUUCAAUGCAUCCCUAUGGUUGCCGUGUUGUACAGAGAGUUCUGGAGCAUUGCACAAAUGAGCUGCAAUGCCAGUUUAUAGUUGAUGAGAUUUUGGAGUCUGUGCGUGCUCUUGCUCAGGACCAAUAUGGUAAUUAUGUCUCGCAGCAUGUAUUGGAGAGGGGAAAACCUCAUGAAAGAAGCCGAAUGAUUAGCAAGUUGUCGGGUCAUAUUGUACAGCUGAGCCAGCACAAGUUUGCAUCCAAUGUUGUUGAGAAAUGUUUGGAGUACGGUGACGCUGCAGAACGAGAACUGUUGAUUAGGGAGAUUGUUGGCCCUAAUGAUGGAAAUGAUAAUUUAUUGGUCAUGAUGAAGGACCAAUUUGCUAAUUAUGUGGUUCAGAAGACUCUUGAAAUCUGUACAAACAGUCAACGGACAAUAUUGAUUAAUCGGAUAAGGGCUCAUACGCAUGCAUUGAAGAAAUACACUUACGGAAAACACAUUGUUGCCCGGUUUGAGCAGCUAUUUGGAGAGGAAAAUCAAUCAGGAUCCUGAAGCUGUGAGGUGAACCCUCAGUGAAUUUGUGGUUUGUUUGAUAUCCCGGCAAUUGGAGAUAAUAUCACAUGGUUGAUUACCGAGGCAUCCUAUAUAUGGUAGCUGCUACAUGGCCAGGCUGCUUCAGCUCAAGUUCUCACGUGCUUCAUAUUUAUGGUUGUAAGUUUGUAAAUAUAUGGUUCCAGUGUAGCAGUAUUGCCAGUACAUACUAGGGAUGAUUUGUUUGCAAUGCAACUGAUUGGAGUAAUUUGAAAAAUCUUUCCCUCAUGCUGUAGCAUGUCCGGUAAUGUUGAUGUGACAAUGCUUCAUGUU